CAGCCGCUGUUAAAAACCAAGAAGAAGAAGCUAAAGAAGCUAAAGAAGCAAACAAUCAAACAAUUUCAGUGAAGUGUUUCGUUUAAUUUGCUUUAAAACGCGAACAUGUCGCACGCAGCGGACACGUUUCCUCUUCACGAGCGCCAUCAGCGUCUACGGGAGCUGACGGAGUUCACCGAAAACUGCCGGAAACAGAUAAACGACAUUUAUGAAACGCUGGGAUGGUCGCCGGACUACCAGCAGGAAGUGAUGGAGCAGUGUCCCUACGACCCCGGGCACAGAGUCCCAGGCAGCAGCAUGGACAGACACAAAGGAUCGUGCCUCCUCACAAAGAUGGGCUACUCUGCUGAAGAGCAGGUGGCGAUGUACGAUCCCUCUGUGUGUUAUGAGAACAGCAGCGUCACAAGCUUCCACAUGGACAAGUCCACUCAGCACCAGGUGAUUCUCCAGGCGCGAGCUGCUGCACCGCUCAUGAGGAUGGAGGGAGUUUUCUGGCAAGGUCAGUACUCGGGUCAGCCCGUGGACGUGCCUCAGAACCACAAACGCGCCGUGUGUGACCUCACUGGCAGACAGGAAGCCGAGGCGUCUAACAACGACGACCUCUACGUGGACUUGGUGUCCAAACUUCGGAGAGAUGACGGUCAGAACCAACCCAAGACUCAUCUGGAGCUGAUGGCAGAGAUGAGGGACUACAAGAGGCGGCGUCAGUCCUACCGAGCCAAGAACGUUCACAUCACCAAGAAGUCCUACACUGAGGUGAUCAGAGAGGUCAUCAAUGUCCACUCAGAGGAGCUCAGCAGGCAGUGGAGAGCAGACGAGGAGGAGGAGCAGCAGCAGGAGGAGGAGGAGUUUACACGCUCUGAACAUUCCUCACACAGGCGUCGGAGAUCGCCGUCGUCGGAGUCUCGCACCUCUCGCAGCCGACGCCGACACAGCCGCGAACAAAGUCAAGAGUCAGAGAGCAAGAAGAAGAAAAGAGAGAGAAAGAAGGAGAGGGAUUCCCGUUCCCCCAGCAACCAGCGCCACGAGCGAAAGAGGAAGAAAAAGAAGAAGAAAGAGGAGAGGGACAAAGACUGAUGAUGAUGAGGAAGAUGAAGGUCACGGCGACCUUCAGGGAUCAGAACAUCAAAGCCGAGGGACUUUUGUAAGAAAAUGAAUGAGAGAGAAAAACAUGAACAUUUUUUGUGCUGUGUUUUACAGUGUAACUCUCAGACAGACUCCGCCCACUUCUGUCUGAUUGGCUGAGAGUGAUUUCUGAUGGCAGAUGACUUGGAAUGUCAGACAGGUGUCACAGCCGGGUGGUCUCCUGGUUCAGUUCUGGUCCUGGACGAUCAUUGGUCAUCUUGUGCUGCCUGAGCUGGAAUGAUGGAGCCAUGGCUGCCACGUUGCCAUGGUAACACCAUUGUCUCUGUAACGUGGUUUUACAUGAAGCAUUUCCUGUUCCUGUGAAAUCACAAUAAAGACGUUGUGUUCAGAA